UUCGAGUGGGGCGGACUAGCCGAACGACGAGACGUUAAUUAGCGUUUAAUUCUCGAUCUACGCUCAGUUGGAGUGGCGAUCGUCGCGUUAUCGAGGGUCAGUCACAGAGACGGCUAUAUUCCGCGGACUGUUGCGUGGAAAAACGGUCGCGUACCAAAGCACGUUCACGUUUAUCCGUGUGUGUCCGAUGGUACACAUUCUCGGAUAAAGAACGGUUCCAGUUCGUUGUAUAACGAUUAUCGAGUGUCUCUAUUACAGGUGUUUCUUAGGGAAAAUACCAUUUUGACAAAGUGCGCCCACCUUGUCGCCGGAGAAGGAGACUGCUGGUCGUCGUUAGCUGGAGGGAGAAUCGAGAAGCGUGCGAGAGUAGGACGAACCGACGAAGCUCGUUUCGCAGGAAGGAGGAAGCACGAGGGAAGGGAGAAGAGGUGGAGCGGGGCUUAUCGAACGGGGCCGUGUACGUGCGAGAGACAGGAACGGGCUGAAGCGACGCGCAAGGAGAGAGGGAGAAACAGAAAAGGAGAGAGAAAUGGCCCCCACCCACGUCCAGGAGGAAAUAGAGGGGCGCUAUAAAGAGUAUGCCUAUAGCCCUGUACCAACGAGUUGCACUUCGACGGUGUACUAUUCACCCACCCUUGGAAAAUAUCCCAUAAAGUUCGGUGGUAGCUUACCCAAGUAUCGUACGAUCGGUGACCAGUGUCCUGCCGCAGAAAUGACGGAGAAGGGCUCGACGUUGCUUCAGUACCUCGCCGCUGCAGCGGCAAAUUUGUGCUGCGUUGCAGCCGGUGCUUUGUUAGGAUGGACCAGUCCGAUAUUACCUAGGCUACAGUAUAGCGUGGACGACAAUCCUCUCGGCAGAAAGAUAACCCCGGAUGAAAACUCUUGGAUCGGCUCGUUGGUCUCCGUGGGUGCUGUGAUCGGCAGUUUCGCAGCUGGAUAUUUAGCGGAAAGAUGCGGUAGGAAGAUGACGCUGCUACUCAGUACGAUACCAUUUCUGACCGGUUGGAUCCUAGUGGCAACGGCUGGCGUCGUGUAUCAACUGUACGCGGCACGAAUAGUUCUCGGCUUCGCCUUGUCGUUCGCUUUCACGGUCGUUCCUAUGUACUGCGGCGAAAUCGCCGAGACGUCCGUCAGAGGAGCUCUGGGAUCCUUCUUGCAACUGUUCGUCAGCUUCGGUCUCCUUUAUGCGUACUGCAUCGGACCGUUCGUGUCGUAUCUGACGUUUGCCAUACUCUGCGGCAUUAUACCCGUGGUAUUCGUCGCUUGUUUCUUCAUGAUGCCCGAAUCGCCGUACCAUUUGCUGAAGAUCGGCAAGAGAGAAGAGGCGAUCAAAGCUUUGGCCUGGUUACGAUGCAAGUCUCCCGCUAGCGUGCAAAAGGAAGCCGACGAAAUGCAGGCUGCCAUCGACGAAGCAUUCAAGAGCGAAGCGAAGAUCAGCGAUUUAUUCAACGUGAAGGCGAACCUUAAAGCUUUGAUAUAUACGUGCUUGCUCGUGACGUUCCAACAGUGCAGUGGCAUCAACGUGGUCCUCUUCUAUAUGGGAUCCAUCUUCCAGGCUGCGCACAGUGCGUUACCUGACUCCAUAUCGACUCUGAUCGUCGGUAGUGUGCAGGUGGUUGCUUCCGGGGUCACGCCGGUGAUCGUUGACAGACUUGGUAGGAGAAUGCUGCUCAUUACGUCCGGCGUUGGCGAGAUUGCCUCCUUGAUCGCCCUGGGUCUGUACAUGUUCCUCCAAGAUGUUACAAAGUCGGACGUCAGCGCCAUAUCGUGGCUUCCUAUCGUGUCGCUGGUCAUCUUCAUCUCGGUAUAUUGCAUAGGUUGGGGUCCCCUCCCGUGGACCGUGAUGGGUGAGAUGUUCGCAUCGAACGUGAAAUCGAAGGCUUCCGGAAUCACCGUGUGCGUGUGCUGGUUGGUCUCUUUCUUCAUCACCAAGUUCGCUAACAAUCUACAGGAUGUAUUCGGCCAAUUCGCCUUGUUCUGGAUCUUCGCCGUAUUCUGCGUGGCCAGCGUGUUGUUCACGGUGCUGAUAUUACCGGAGACGAAGGGAAAGAGCCUGCAAGAGAUUCAAGACGUGUUGAGCGGCGUCGAACAUUCGGAGAUACCCGAGUUCGGAAGCUCGAGUAAAAAGUGAAAACAGUAUUGCGGUUUCGGGUGGUGACUCGAGAACGAUCUCGAGAUUCGAUUUCACCCUCGUUCGCGUAUCGGACCAAUCGUAUCCGUCGAACGGUUCUUGCUCUUCCUAUUUCUGUAUACUACGUAUAUACGUUAAGCGCGCCUUUAUACUGCCAAAGACCAUGGAUCGCGAUUCUGGAUCCUCGCGACACGCGACGAUCCGAUACUGUUUUCUUCUUUUGUCGUUAGAAUCUAACCUAUCGUUAGAAUAGGAAACGGGCCGGAACGACGACGCUCGUGACUUUUAGGUCUUAGGUGUACGCGCAUGUGAUAAGACGUCGGCGCGCAUUCGAUCCGAUAUUAUCGUUAUCGAUCGUAAAGAACGACGAGGGAAACGCGACAGAGAUUCGAACGAGUGUCCUAUUUCAUUCUAUAAUCUGUUCAAACGAUACGUAAACAAGGUAGAGACUUCGAGCGAUAGAACGAAUAACGUCUACGUUUUCCAUGUUCCGAGGAACGAACAGCUCAGCUAAUGAACGGUACUCGCCUACUGCGCGUUUCUCGCCUCGUACGCGCGAUAGUAGUUAACGAAUGUAUUUAUUUUUUGACAAGCCCUAGCCGUUUAACGUACGCGUCGUUUCCUUUGUACGUAAGAUUUUAUCCGAUCCUUCCAAGUAUCAUAAUAUUUAAUAACUCAACGCCGCGUUAGAUACGUAUAGAUGCGAGGACGAGAUCCGCUACACCGACCAUGAAACGAUCGCACCGACGCGUAUUCCGUUUUCGAUCGCGUAAGUUCCGUGGAAUCGCGAGAAAGAUGGCGCAGAGAUGAGAAAAAGAGUCUUCGACGAUCGUUCUUCGAUGCAGUCGCGAAAUCGUACGAUUGUAAAGCGGAACGGACGAGCGAUUUGCACGCGGGAAUUCCGCGAAAACGAUCGAUCUUUAUCUGAGACGUGUGGUGUGCUCGUGCGCGUCAGGCGGAAUAAAACUGAAAGAAAAAAUAAAAGAAGAAAAGAAAAGAAAAUGACGUAGUCGGUAUUUGGUCGCUCACCGCUGAGCCGUGGAGUUUCCACGAGCGGGACGCGUUAAUUGCGUUUAGGGACGAUGCAGGAAGAUUAAUUAGAGAAGCGAAUCUUAUCGUAACGAACGAUCAGACAGGGAGAGAGCACAUUCCUAUUUCGUACGCGAUUGUUGCAACGUUCGUGGAGACUCGGGUUCCUUCUUGCUUCUCGUCGUCCUUAUCCUUCCAAUUAAGAGUAGACUUUUAAACGCAACAACGAAACUCGAGAGAAGAUCGUUCUACGGAAAAUUAUUUCUUGAAACUAUCGCGUUAUACUUUGGACGACUCUCGUCCCGUUCUUAGGAAGGCCGAUGCAUAAUUUCUGUGACCAAGAAACCAAGCGACAACGUAGCACGUUGCCCAAGCGGGCAAAACCGAGCGAGAUCGAUGACACGUUUUAACGUUAGCGCGCACAUUUCCUAUUUCUUUGUUUUUUUCGUGCGGUGGCGUUCGGAGAUCAUUCUUCCUUUAGCGUUUCGUUUCUUUCUUCGACGAAUUUCUCUCCCUGGUUAUAAACGGCAUCUCGCGAGCAUUCGUUGCGCGAUGUUAGGUCUAAACGUUGGUUUCUUAAGCAUAAUUUUGUCUAUAGUGAGUCGUAACGUAACUAUUUUUUAUUCGAGUAUCGAUAGAGUUCGUUUUCUGUUAUUCGCGCGAUCUAGCAACGGACGUACUUACUUAUAUCUCACUUCAAUUAACACCGGUUCCGUUGAAUCGUUCGUUUCGGAUUAUAGUAUGAAAAAGAUCGCAAGAAUUUUCCUCGAUGAGAUAUCCUUCACGCAUCGGCGAUACGCGUGUGCGCAACGCUCUUUUUUCUUUUUUUUUCUUAACGAUUAGGAACGACAAUUGUAUUUGCAUUUACGCGAUAGCCUUAAAGAUUUGCCAAAUAUAUACCGUUCUAACAAGGUCGCGACAUUUAAGGUAUACGGUCGGAGAAACGAGACAUAUCGACGAGUAGCAGUUAAUCGAGCUUGACAUAUCUUUCAGGUAGAAAACGAUUCAUCGAGCCUAGCACGAUGUACCUAUCUCGAACGAUACGCGCGGAAGAUCAGAAAAUAAAAAAGAGAGGAAAAAUUAUCGGCUUGGUAACGUGAUGUGUAACGAAACGCGGUUAUUCGUUGAUGCGUGCGCGUUAGCGAAACGAAGGAAAAGAAAGACACUGGAAAUAACGAAGGGAGAAUGAACGACCGACCGCGUGUACAACGAUCGACGAUCGAUCAAGUCGGUCGUUGCGUACAUAUUCAUCGCGAUGAAAAGUCGAGCGCCUCGAUCGGAUUUCAUCGAGGUCAGAAUCGUCCGAGUAUAGGACGAAACAUAUCGUCCAUGGUAAACUUCUCGAGGAUGCGAAAUCGUCGUCAUUGAUAGGAACUAAUUUUCCUUUGCGCGAAUCUGUACGCAACAAUGACUUCCGAUGCGUUUGUUCUUCGUUCCGAUCGUGAAAACGGAGCUAGACGUUGCAGAAUCAUUCCUGAAAUGUUCCUCUAUUUCAAAGAGCAAUAAGACUUUUCCUAAGAUAUGCUUAAGAUGACCCGAUUGCACGCGCGUGUAAAACGUAAUUUAAAAACUCGAUUAAGAAACAAAAGAAUAUGGCAGGAAAAAGAGAACCGCGGCCAAGUGACGUUCGAAUUAUCCGGUGUAUGGAAUUUCCACUUGGAUCGAGAAGAGAAGCGCUCGCAGAACCUGUUAUUAUCUUUGUUUUUUAAUUUAAGUAACGUCAUGUUUAGAGGAAAUUGUACUGUUCACGGAGGAAAAAAAAAAAGAUUGAAGUACGCGCAUUGUUCGCGAGGCCUUCGAAGCGAUUAGACAGAUCCAGCGAUAACGAUUUUCCACGCGAUUGUCAGCAAAGUAGAUUUUUAAAAUAGAGUAUGAUGAUCACGUGGAAUAUCGCGUACGAAGCAAUGAGAGAAUGUGAUAACGUUCAAAUAAAUAAUCAGGGUACAAAGGAAAUCAAGUUUAGGAACUUCUUAUCGACGAUACUGUAUAUAUAUGAUACUGUAUCCUAUGCAACUGUAUAUAUGUACAUAUAUAUAUAUACGUAUGUACGUAUUGUUACGCAUUAAACGUAUAGUGUAAUUACGAUACUUUUGUUACAACUAAAUAAAUUAUAACUUUAAAGUAUUACUCGUUAA